GAGCUGCAAAUCGAACGCACCCCGUCCCGCCGCCGCUGGCUCCUCCUCGCGCUCAGCUCAAACGUGUCGUUUGUUUUUUACGUCACCGCGCCUGGCGAGCCGAGCGGGGCUCCGUCUGGUUUUACGGAUGGUUAUUAUUAAUAUUAUUAUUAUUGUUAUUUAGUGUUUGAUCUGCGGAGCUCCCCGGCGGCCGGGCGGGGCAGCUGGCCGGGCGGGGCAGCGCGUCCAGAGGCGGACGGAGCCGGAACCGCAGUGCCAAGAGGCCGGUGGCGUCCUCUGCUCUGAUGCUGUGACAGGAAGUGAAGACGCAGGGAGGAGAUGAACGGACAGGAAGUGGAGGCAGAGCACAGAGGAGAGGAGGGUCGGCGGCUUCCUGAUGAAGGGCUGCCUGCCGUCUGUGACGCCGAGCUUCCGUCCACAUCCGUGCAGCCGCAGCUCAGCCUGGACGCCCGCAAGUCCAAAUGUCACCGCUGCCGGGUGUGCGGGAGAGAGUUUUCCCGGCCGUACCGGCUGGCGCAACACAUGAGGACGCACACCAGGGAGAAACCAUACGGCUGCUCCGUCUGCGGGAAGCGAUUCACCUGCAAGAAAAAUGUGGUGGUCCACCAGCGGGUUCACACCGGCGAGAGGCCGUACGUCUGCUCCGAGUGCGGGGUGAGCUACGCCCAGCCGGGCUGCUUGCGCCGCCACCGCCUGCAGCACGCCGCGCACAAACCCUACCGCUGCUCGGCGUGCGGCCGCAGCUUCGUGCAGCGGCGCUACCUGACCCAGCAUGAGCGCACCCACAGCGGGGAGCGGCCGCUCUCCUGCCCGCUCUGCCCCAAACGCUUCGCCUCCACCACCGGCCUCCAUGACCACCAGAGGAGCCACGGCGAGGAGAACCAGCACCGCUGCUCCUUCUGCCACAAGGUGUUCUCCACGCCGUCGGCCUUCAGGGAUCACCUCAGGCUGCACACCGGCCAGAAGCUCCACCCCUGCCCGCACUGCCCGAAGGGCUUCAACCGGCCCGGGCUGCUGAGGAAACACCUGCGCAAGCACGCCGCAGACCAAACUGGCCCGGAGAAACCAGCAGGGGGCGCCAGCACGGGGGGCGACGAGGCGCCGGGCGGCAGCGCGAUAUCUGAGCCGGCCGCCGCCCCCAACGGCCUGCAGGACGUCCCGCAGGAAGCUGCACCGCCCGUUAAGGUGCGUCCUGUCGGCUCUGAUGACAUCGUGCGUCUCUGGGCAGACGAGCCGCCGGCCCACAGGAAGAAGCUCCACACCUGUCCCGUCUGCAGCAAGAGCUACCCGCGGCCGUCCCGCCUGAAGGAGCACGUGAAGAUCCACGCGGCGGAGAAGCCGCACCGCUGCUCGGUGUGCGGCAAGGCCUUCUCCACCGCCACCAACCUGCGAGCGCACCAGAAGAUCCACCUGGCCGACAAGCCGCACCCCUGCAGCAUCUGCCCCAAGAGCUUCCUGCGGCCCUGCCUGCUGCGCAAACACAUGAGGAUCCACAUCCGGGACGGCCUGGUCAGCGACCCGCACGCCGGCCCCGCCCAGGUCAGCGACCCGCACGCCGGCCCCGCCCAGGUCAGCGACCCGCACGCCGGCCCCGCCCAGGUCAGCGACCCGCACGCCGGCCCCGCCCAGGUCAGCGACCCGCACGCCGGCCCCGCCCAGGUCAGCGACCCGCACGCCGGCCCCGCCCAGGUCAGCGACCCGCACGCCGGCCCCGCCCAGGUCAGCGACCCGCACGCCGGCCCCGCCCAGGAAUCCCAGCUUCACUUUAAAUUUACUGAAGAGGAGCAGGAGGGGGCGGAGGAGGGGGAAGAGGGGGACGGGCAGGAUCCAGAGGGCCGGUUGAGGAUCUCUGAGCCUUUCAUCACCAGAUCGGUGGAGUUCCUCGGAAACCAUGGCAACGCAGGCUUGUCGGUGGGCUUGGUGCUGGAGAACGAAGAGGACGGGGUGGAGAACGAGGACGUCAGAGGCUUGAUCAACUCGGACGGAGAGGAAGAGAGCUGGAGGCCCGUGGAGAUCGCAGACUCAGAUGGCCACUGGGAGCUCCAGGUUUUUGGCAGUGGCGAUGGCGAUGGCGGGAAGAGGCGGCACUGCUGCCCGGUGUGCGGCCGCGACUGCCAGAAGGCGUCGGCGCUGCAGAAGCACCUGAGGAUCCACUCGGGCGAGCGUCCGUUCGAGUGCCUGACGUGCGGGAAGAGCUUCACCCAGCAGGUUCACAUGACCGAGCACCAGAGGAUCCACACGGGGGAGAAACCCUACACCUGCUCCGACUGCGGCAAGAGCUUCACCUUCUCCAGCGCGCUGCGCCGCCACCAGCGGCUGCACACCGACGCCCGGCCGUACCAGUGCGCCGUCUGCCACAAGAGCUUCAAGCAGCAGGGCUCGCUCAAGAGCCACGAGAUGAUCCACUCGGGCGUCCGCUACCCGUGUCCCCUCUGCAGCAAGAGCUUCAGCCGCCCCCUCGAGCUCACCUACCACGUGGGCGUGCACUCCGAGGCCCGCCCCUACUUCUGCAACAUCUGCAAGAAGAACCUGAGCGGCGCCCGCAUCUUCCGCAAGCACAUGAAGAAGCACGAGUCGCCGGCCUCGGUGCCGUCGUCGCCGUCGGCUGCAGCGGAGGAGGAGGCGGGGACGAUUCCAGAUGUUGAAGUGAACAAAACCAAACACUGAGCCACACGCGACUCAGGAUGCUUUAAAAGUGACUUCAUGAACAAUCAGCCUGCAGCGCCGGCUGCUCCGGGGCGUCCGGCCUCCACGCCGCCGCCUGAGGUUUAUCAGCAGCCAAUCACAGCAGGACCGGAACCUGCUUGGUAACCAGUGACGCCACUGGAAAGAUGUUUUCCAGAAAGAGAGCAGUGACUAAAGGUGGAGUGUGUCCUCUGGGUCAGAUCAUGUUAACUUCAUGUGUUCAGCUGCUGGAGCGACACUCACUGGUGUGUGUGUGUGUGUGUGUGUGUGUGUGUGGUGUAGUAACUGACCCUACAGGAUCCCACACAGCCACUCUGUCAUUAAGUAAAAGAAAAAAUUUAGUUUUGUCUUUUCACUUUUGCUGAAAACUCAUCAAGAAAGAAACAUUCAAGUGAGAAGAAAAACCACAGAGACACGACUCAGCAGAGCCAUCACACACCUGAGGAGCAGCUUUUAUUUUGUAGUCUUGUGUUCAGGUUGUGUUUCACCUCAUUCUGACAGGUUGGUGUUUAUAUUUAUGAAAUAUAAAAGAAUCUGUGUAAAAAUAUCUGUAUUUUCUCUAACCUAUUAAAACAAGAUCAAAGCUGUAUAAUAAAGAAUGGUCCAAGUUAUUAGCAGCGAUGGGAGGUGGUGGCAGUCAGGAAUAUACACACACACACACACACACACACACACACACACACACACACACACACACGCAAAUCACAAAUAUGAUGAAAAUCCACUCUGGGCAGUUAUGAUAGAAAAGGUUUUUUUUAG